ACUGACGAGCGCGAGGAGGAGGGAUCUGUCAUCUUCACGGUCUCAGGCAGCAUGUUGACGGGAUCCUAUCGUGCCACUGUCGAGAGAGAAAUGGCGAGAGCCAGUGUCAAAAUUCGAGAACAUCUAUUUUUGGAUGCAGAGUAACCUGAUGUUUCACAGCUGUAAAUAGUUUUGGAGUCUUGGUUCAUUGUGUUCAGCCUACAGGGCACGCGCUACACUUUGGCGGUGGUGACAGUUAAUCUAUCUGAGCUGGGUUCUCGGCCAGUGCAAUCUAAGGAAUUGAUCGUUAUACAGGACUAUAUACCUGCAACUUGUUCCCAGAACCGUGGAGCCUGACUCCCGUUGGAUGUAACGUUGAGCGGAGUGACGCGGGUCGGUGUGCGGACAAAUAGAGCGGUGGCGGACCAAACGCACAACGUCCAAUUCAAUCUCCCUUCCCGUGUCCCUGUGCUCGGCCCGACUCAUAACGGAGAUGUUGCUCCUAGGAAUACUGCUCAACAUCUUCAUACGAGGUAAAAUUAAGGAAGGUGUGGUCCCCUCCUUGUCGCCCCUCCCCCAUGGCUUUGUAGACUGUGUCGAGGCAGAGAGGGGGUGUAAGGAAGACCCCCGGUGUAAGGAGCUGUACAUGACCCUGGAGUACUGUGCUUCCGAGGAGGCGGUGGCUCCGCUGGGGAACAAGGCCAGCAUUGAGUGCUUGGAGGCCCUGAGCGGCCUGCACUACCUCCCUCUGUUGGCCUGCAAGUGUCAGCGCGGCGCACGCAGAGAGGAGCACUGCCUCAAAGUCUACUGGAGCAUCAGGAUCCUGCAGGGUUAUGAUGACUUUGAGGGGUCUCCCUAUGAGGACUCGCCAGUGGAGUCUUCUCGAAUGGCCUCCUUAGUGGCAGCAGCCUCCUCUCUUCUUCUAGAUGGACAGAACGUAUGUCUGAAGGCAGCCCAGGACUGUGGUCUGUAUGAGAAAUGUGGUUCCCUGAGGUCUGAGUACGUCCUGGCCUGCACCAAGCAUGCCCCAGGCUCGGACCACUGCAACAGGCAGAAGUGCCUCCGGGCGCUGCGGCGCUUCCUGGAGCGCGUUCCGGAGGAGUACAGCCUGGGGUUGCUGUUCUGCCCCUGUACUGACAAACUGUGUGGGGAGAGACGCAGGAAGACCAUCGUUCCUUCCUGUUCCUACCAGGAGAGAGACUUGAUACAGCCUAACUGUCUGCUUCUGCAGAGCUUCUGCAAGAGGGACCAAUUCUGCAGGUCCAGACUGGCUGAUUUCCAGCAUAACUGCCAGCCGUCUGGCCAUUCCCCUUCUGGCUGUAUCAGAGAGAGUGGAGCUGUGUGCCUCAAAUCCUACGCCGGACUGAUCGGCACCAUCAUGACCCCCAACUAUGUCAGCAACAGCACUGUGGAAGUGGACUUGUGGUGCAACUGCGAGGGCAGUGGCAACCAAUGGCAGGACUGCCUGAGGAUUCAGCACAUGUUCACCAACAACGCCUGUCUGGAGAACUCCAUCAGUACCAUGGGUAUCUCCCCCCCUCGGCCAGUGGAGAGCACUUUUCCCCCGCCCUCUCGUCCCUCACCCUUGGACCAGCAGAAUGAGCUCAGCAACAACGCCCAGGAUGAGGUCAGCAACAACGCUGUGGAGCAGAGUGAGGAAGAGGAGGAUGUGAAGGAGGAGGAGGGGGGUCAGUUUGACGUGAUCCCUCUCUAUGCUGAGAAGGCCACGGUGUCCAACCUGGGUUCUGGGGGUGGGGGGGUGUCCCCCCGUCUUUCCAUCGGCCCACCUCCCUCCCUGCUGCUGCUCCUUCUGCUACUGUCUGCCUCUCUGAGCUGGGGGUCCUAAAGCAUCAGCACUCUACUGUAGCACAGCCUCAGCCACAGCUCUGCCGCUACAGCCGGACGCACAGUGGAGGACGCUUUCCAUUGGAUUCAUUUAAACAAAUACACAAGAAAACGAAAGCAGGAAAAGGCACCAUUUGAGCCCAAACCUUCCUAAACAGCUCCUAUAGCCCCCACACCUGGAACACGCGUUCAUUGGUUGUAUUAAUUCAUACGCUCAAUGGAUGUUUCUGUGUGCUGUGUUUUUGUGUGUUAACAACCAGCUGUGCUGUGCUGUCUACCUGCCUGCCCUGCUAUCACAUUCAUAAUCAUCUUUGAUUUAUAGAACUUCUGUACUACGUACUCAUUAAUAUGUCUAUGCCAGAUGUGUACAUUGUUAUUUAUGCAUACGCACAGUAAUUACCGCAAACAAUAUCAUGUUGUAUUGACUGCAUAUCGGCCAUCAGGAUGACUUACUGUGUGUGUGUGUUGGACAUGGCUGAGGAGCAUAUGGAAGACUCAGAGGAUGCUCAAGGGUUACAUUGUUUUCCUGCUGCACCUGUACUUUGUAGCUCUGUCUGUUUGUCACUCUGCGUAACCAUGGCGAUACUGUAUCGCUGCCUCUCUUCGCUGUAGCACCAAAUCAUGCUAAAUGGUGUUGAAUAAUGCUCAGAUCUUCAGCCUUUUCUAUCCCAGCACCUUCGGAGGUGAAGCAGUCAUUUUGAGCCCCCCCCCCCCCCCCCCCCCCCCCAGUAGGCCGUGCCUCCUGCAGGUAGUCGGCUGAAUAGGCUGAUGGGUAUUCAGGAGGGGAGAGGACGCACGCUGGGACUGCAAAUGAGACGUACAUUCUUGAGCAAGCAGAACUGUACUGCCUGACUACUCUGCACAGCAACAAUAUGAUGAUGAAACCCUUUCUUCCUUCUUGCUCACUCUCCCGAACACUGCAACGCUGAGCGGACCGAUCUCCUCUCUCUCGUCAGGCUUGAGACUUCCCCCCCACUAUCUUCCGUGUGUUGCUCCGGACAGUGGGCAGUCACAGGAAAGACCGUUCAGGAUCACAGAACUGCUCUGCUGGUGUUCAAGAAUGCAAAACAAAACAUAAAACACUGAUGCCAUGAACAUUCUGUUCGUCCCGCUUCCCUUUAAGCAUGCCUGUGUACCACAGGAGAGGGCCAGCUCUGGCCCACUACCCCCCAGAACCGGUUCUGUACCGACCCCUUAAGUACACACCCCGCCCAGUGUUCUCUUGAUCCGGUAGUGUUCUGUGCUUUCCUCCAUCUGCUGUUCAGAGAGACAGCCACCGCCACUGUGUACAUCGGUGAACAUAAUAAAUAUAUGAUCUUACAUUUCCUUA